CCUCUAAACCAUAAAGUCCCCCCGUCUCAUGUCGUCUCAUCACUCACUUAUAAUCACCCCCAUCCACUUAAUCACGCUCUCAACGCUGCUGUGUCACGUCACGUCACGCGCGGCUCCGUAAUAAGACCACCAACCUCCUCCUCCUCCCUCCCACGUUUGGAGCUCUCGUCUCGUCUCGCGGCCUCGAGCCCUCGACCAACCAACCACCCGCUUCUUCUCUCCCGUCUCCCGAAACCUCCGAGAGCUCAGAAGAAAAAAGAAGAAAAAAAAGAGAAAAAAAAACUGGUGGAAACUGGAAGGUUUGCGGCGGAAACGAGGGGGAGGGAUGGUGGCGAGGAGGGCGUAGGCGGGGGGUGGGGGUGAGGCGGAUGAUGGCGUCGAGGGUGAUGGCGUCGUCGUCGCCGUCGCACACGGCAUCGGAUCUCGCGCGGUUCGCGGCGGGGAGGGGUGGGGGCGGGAGCGCGGGGCUGGGGUCGAUGAACGUGGAGGAGAUCCUCCGCGGCAUCUACGCCGACAUGCCGACGCCGGCGCUGCCCCUCGUCGGCGGUGACAGGCCGAUGUCGCCGCUCCCGGCGCCGGAUGUCGCCGCCGCGCCGCGGACGGCGGAGGAGGUCUGGAAGGAGAUAACUGGUGCGGGCGUCGCCGCCGCCGCCGGCGGCGUGGUGCCCCCUGCUGCUGCUGCUGCUGCUGCCCCGGCCGUCGUCGCUGGCGCUGGCGCUGGCACCGGCGCGGAGAUGACGCUGGAGGACUUUCUGGCGAGGGAGGGCGCGGUGAAGGAAGACGAGGCUGUGGUCACCGAUCCCUCGGCGGCCAAGGGGCAGGUGGUGAUGGGGUUCCUGAACGGGGCAGAGGUCACCGGAGGCGUCACCGGCGGCAGGAGCAGGAAGAGGCACCUGAUGGAUCCGAUGGACCGCGCCGCGAUGCAGCGGCAGAAGCGAAUGAUCAAAAAUCGCGAGUCGGCGGCGAGGUCACGGGAGAGGAAGCAGGCCUAUAUUGCUGAGCUCGAGUCGCUGGUCACGCAACUCGAGGAGGAGAACGCCAAGAUGUUCAAAGAACAGGAGGAGCAACAUCAGAAACGACUUAAAGAGCUCAAGGAAAUGGUUGUUCCAGUCAUCAUUAGGAAAACGUCAGCACGAGAUCUUAGAAGAACAAACUCGAUGGAGUGGUAGACGUGAGCCAAGCUCAGUUGCCAUCCCCAUACAGUUUAUGUAGCAUUUGCUCCUGUUUUGUCAAUUCUUCUGUUUUAUCGGCAGUAGCCUAGUUGCGGUGAAUACAUGAGUAUUUAGGUGACACGAAGCUUAAAUGUCUGGAGUCAUAUGCUACGGAGGGGAGAGUGCGUACGAGCUACAAAAGCAAUCAUAUGUGUAGGGAGGGGAGAGUGCAUAUGAGCUAUAAAAGCCAUGUUCCAAUUUGUCGCGGGAGUGUAUUCUGUCCCAUUUGUUGUCUGUUUCAUUUUCAGUUUAACAAUUAGGUGUAGUGAGGAAGAAUUACGAGUACUGAGUAGUACUAAACAGGGUGACUCUAGGUAUGCUGAUAUGAUAUCUAGUUAGGCAUUACUUCUGAUUCUCUGUUUGGUGCCACGACUCAAAUUGUCUGUACAUACACGUUGGAUGUAAAGUCACAUUAUCAAGUGAAAUCAUGAUGUAUUUCCUCCAGAA